AUGCGGGCUUUCUACAAUUGGGCUAUAGCAAUCUCUGAUCGGACAAAAAUGCAUGGUCGCACAAGGGAAGCUGAAGAACUAUGGAAACAGAUAUGUGGUCUUGCCUUGUGCACAUCAUGGUUUGACUUGUAUUUGCUUGCUUUCGUUGAUAAUAAUCUCUGGCCCACGCGAGAGAAGAUUCAUAUAAGUAUUGUUGGAAGUGAGAGAGUUAGAAGGUGGAGCUUCCUUGCGGCAUCGCCACAUUCAGAAUAUUCUUAUAUUGGUUCAAUGGAUAAGUCAUGGAUCACAAAGCCACGAAACUCAAUAGAGUAUGAGCGAGGGGUUAAGAGGUUUAUUGAUUUUGCCUUCGAAAAUAGUUUAGCUGAAGCAACUAUAUGCCCUUGUUUGAAGUGCGAUUUUAGAAAAAAAGUGACAAAGGGUGAGAUGUACGAUCACUUGAUAUGUACCCAAUUCCCGAAAGAAUAUACACUUUGGUUUUAUCAUGGAGAGACUGAGGUAGGGGAUCCCAGUAGUAACGUCUCAAAUAGUGAUGCUUCAAAUGCUUUUGAUGAUUUUAAUCAAGAUUCUAUUCAUGACAUGCUUGGAGAUGCUUUUGGAACUGAUAUGCACUGGGCAAAUGAAGUCUCAUUAGAGUCAGAUGAAGACAUUGAUGGAGUUGAAAGAGUGAUGCCAGAUGUAGCUGAUGCAUCGGAGUUUGAAGAAUUAGCAAGUCAUGCAGAACUACCUUUGUAUGAAGGGUGUACAAGAUAUUCAAGAUUGUCCUUUUUGGUGAAGAUGUAUCAUAUUAAGUGUAUAUGUGGGAUGACUAACAAGGCAAUGUCGAUGAUAUUUGAACUCUUACAUGAUGCAUUUGAACAUGCAAAGAUUCCGAGUUCAUUUUAUGAAGCAAAGAAAACUAUCUUGAAGCUUGGUAUGAAUUAUGAGAAGAUACAUGCAUGCCCGAACAAUUGCAUGCUGUAUUGGGGUGAAGACAAGGAGAAAGAAAUGUGUAAAGUUUGCAACAGGUCUAGAUGGAAACUAGAUACAAAGGGUGGUGAGAUUCAAGAAUCAAAUGAUGGGAAUAUUAGGAAGAAGGUGCCUGCUAAAGUUCUUCGUUACUUUCCACUAAAACCUCAUUUGCAAAGGUUAUUUUUGUCUUCAAAGACAGCCGAGGCCAUGAGAUGGCAUGAUGUUGCUCCUAAGGAAGAUGGUGUAAUGACGCAUCCUAGAGAUUCAGAAGCUUGGAAGAUGUUUGAUUUAAAAAACACUUCUUUCGUAGAGGAUCCACGAAAUAUACGUUUGGCAUUAGCUACUGAUGGUAUUAAUCCCUAUCGUAGUAUGAAUGCAAAUUCUAGUACUUGGCCAGUUAUUCUCAUUCCUUACAACACUCCUCCUUGGAUUUGUAUGAAGCGGACGUCUUUUAUUCUUUCAAUGAUAAUUCCUGGAAAAAAGAUGCCAGGAAACAAUAUAGAUGUCUACUUACAACCGUGGAUCAAAGAGCUAAAAGAGUUAUGGAAUGAGGGCGUGGAUGCAUAUGAUUCUUUUGAGAAAAAGGCGUUCAAAUUGCAUGCGGCGUUGAUGUGGACUAUAAGUGACUUUCCUGGGUUAGGAAUUCUCUCCGGGUGGAACACGUACACUGGACUUGCUUGUCCAUCUUAUAACUUCGACUCUGUUCCUUUUCAACUUCCUCAUAGUAGAAAAUCAUGUUUCAUAGGAUAUCGUCGUUUUCUUAAUCAAAGGCAUCGGUUUAGAUUGAAUAGGGUUCGAUUUAAUGGAGAGCAAGAAUUCCGCAAUCCACCGAAGAGGUUAUCUGGUCUUGAUAUACUUGAGCAAGUCAAGGACAUCAAUGUCACAUUUGGUAGAAAAGAAGAGGCAAAAGUUAGGGGAAAAAGAAGACGUGGUGAGCGUGCUGCAGAAGAAAAAAAUGUAUGUGAUAAUGUGAUAUACACGUUACUAAAUGACAGCACCAAGUCAAAAGACCACCUCAAUACUCGAAAAGAUCUUAAAGCUUUAGGCUGUAAACAAGAUCUUUGGCCAGAUGAGAAUGGAAAUUACGCUCCAGCUAUCUUUACACUGACUAAUAAAGGCAAGAAGGCUUUUCUGUCAACUUUAAAAAAUAUUAGUGUGCCAGACGGGAAGUUAUGUGAAAAAAGAUUGAUUAUUAAGGAUUUAGAUAAGUUGCAAGAUCAAAUUGUGCUCACUCUAUGCCAUAUGGAGAUGUUAUUUCCUCCAUCGUUUUUUACAGUUAUGAUUCAUUUGGUGGUUCACCUUGUUGAAGAAGUUAAGCUUGGAGGUCCUGUACACUACCGGUGGAUGUAUCCGAUAGAAAGGUACUUGGGAUAA